GUUUUUUUUGUUUAUUAUUGUGUGUUUGUGUGUGUUUUCUGAGUGUUUCAGUUGUUUUGAGUCGUCUUUUGUGUCUCUCGUUACACUUUCACCAAACACACCACCACCACCACCCCCUUCUCCCUUCUCCCCCAUCCAUCAUCAAUGGCGGCGGUUGUGCAGGCGCGCACAUCGCUCGAGCGCGAGGCGGGGCUCGUCCGCCUUGCGAUCGUUGUGGAUCAAGCACUCUCCCAUGCCUCCGCCUCGUCCCAGCACAGCCAACCCAUUCAGCAGCAACAACAGCAACAGCAACAGCAACAACAACAACAACAACAGCCACAUUGCUUGCCAGUGAUCAUGUCCCACGGCAUCUUUCUUGACCGGCGGAUUUUCCACCACCAAGUCCCGCCACUGACCGCCGCAGGCCAUACAUGCAUCCGCUACGACCACCGCGGCCAGGGCGAGAGUUUGACCGCUCCGCUGAUCGGAUCGCGCCAAGUCGCAUAUGACAUUGACACGCUCAAGAAUGACAUGAUUGCCGUGAUUGAACAUACUGCUGCUGGUCGGGUGAGGGCGUCAUCCGCCAUGUCGGCGUCGGGACAGUUCGAGGUCGAUCAGAAUUCGCAAGCCGCGUUCGUUCAGACCGACGACUCGCGGGCUGCGAAAGUGCAUCUCGUUGGCCAUUCGAUGGGUGGGAUGGUUGCCAUGCGUGUUGCGCACGAGCGCCCGGAUCUUGUGGCGUCUCUAACGUUGAUUGCCAGUACCUCAAGCGGGUCUGAGAAUUCCUUCAAAAACUCGCUCGCAAUCAAUCUUCUCUCGUGCUGUGGGGUUUCGCUGCUCAAGGGAUCCAUCAUCAAGUCGCUGUUCGGCAGGACGUUUCUGCACGAUCCACAGCGCGAGAACGAGCGACGUGGAUGGCAGCAACAUGUUGCAAACUUGAACGACUCGGCGGCUGCCGUUUCUCGCGGCUUAGUGUCGCGCCCGUGCUAUGACAGGGAGUUUCAGCAAUUAAAACUGCCCAUUCUCAUCAUUGGUGGGGACGAAGACCCGAACGUGUCGCAGCAACUCACGCGAUUGCGAACGUUGCAGCCAAGCGCCACCGUUGUUGUGGUUCCUCACGCAGGACAUGCACCGCAAAUGGAGCAGCCGACUGCUGUCAACGAAGCACUGUUGUCCUUUUACAAUCGGCUAGCGAGCGAGGGUCGAGGGUAGGCCUCCCUUUUUUUUUGAAAUGUUGCGUUUGUUGUGAGGGUCGAGAAAGAGGAUUUGAAAUUUUUCAUAUGAGCUUGUGUUGGUUGGUUGGUUGGUUGUAAAUGUUAAAGUAUGG